AUGGCGGUGCAUUCGUGCACUAGAAUGAUGCACCCGAGCGUGAAACUGGUUUCCCUGAUCACCGUCCUGCUGGUGGUGCGGCUAUCCCGGGCGCAGAUCAUCAACCGGACACCGCACUUCAUCCCGGGCAGUGGAGAUAUGGCCCGGUUCAGUCUGCUCGAAAACACCCCGGUCGGUAGUGUGGUCUAUCAGUUGCGUGGUGUUGACCCCGAGGGCAGUAAGUUACGCUUCAGUAUCUCCGGACCGGUGUUUAGCGUCGAUCGGGACACCGGCGUAGUACGGUUGCGGCAAUCGCUGGACCGCGAACAGCAGGACACUGUUGAAGUCAUCAUCAGUCUCACGGACGAAGGUAUUCUUGGGACGGAACCAAACACGGUGUCACUGCGAAGGGAGAUCCCGAUUCGAGACUACAACGACAACCCGCCGGUGUUCGUUGGUCGUCCAUACAGUGCGACGAUCAGCGAAUCUACAAAACCGGGCAGUAACGUAACGGUUACACCGGACAUCAUUGCAACCGACCUGGACGAGGGAUUGAACGCGGAGCUUAGCUUUAGCUGCUAUCAGGACCCAUCCAAGGGUGCGGACGAUAUCUGCGAAGUGUUUGCGGUACGCACGGAGAAGAUUGCACAGGGUAAAUUUGGCGCGUGGAUUGAACUACGCCGUCCACUGGACUUCGAGACACGACCGUCUUACAUCCUGGCCAUCCAAGCUCGCGAUGGCUCACCAACGAACUCACUGCGAGCGGUUGCUACCGUCGCCAUCACGAUCCUAGAUGUGCAGGAUCAACCUCCGGUCUUCAUCAACGCGCCUUUCUCGGCUACGAUCCCUGAGAACACGAUCGAGGGUACUCGAGUGUUGACGAUCAACGCCACCGACGGUGACACCGGUAGUCCAAACCCGCUGAUGCUGAUGCUCGAGAACGAACCGAUGGGUCACUUCCGGUUGCAUUACAUUGGACACCCGCGAUCGGGCGUUGCAGAACUGAUCACCACAGGCAAACCGCUUGAUCGUGAAGAUCCGAUCAUCACACAGAACGGUGGUGCGUACACGUUUGCCAUCCGCGCGACCGAGCUGAUCAACAACGAACUUCCGGGAGAUUCCACUACCUCCCAGAUCACGAUCGUACUGACCGACGUAGACGACCAUGUGCCUGAGUUCAACCAGCCCGCGUACGAGGUGUCCAUCCCGGAAAACCUCGAACCGGAUACGCCUCUACCAGGGUUGGCGAUCGUCGUGACAGAUCGGGAUCUUGGAGCCAACAGCCGCUACACGCUCGCUCUGCGCAAUGUCCACAAUUCCGAGGGAGUCUUCGCAGUGGUUCCAAAACACGGUGAAGGCCGCACACCAGUCGUGGUGAAGGUGUUGGACUCCUCACGGCUCGAUUACGAUGUAACGAAUGAGGACGCCAAAACCUUCCGCUUCCAGCUAGUGGCGUCCGUGGAUGGUGUGGAGAAGUCAUCCGCCACAGUGACUGUGCGGCUGCAAGACGCUAACGACAACUCACCGGCAUUCCCACAGACCACGUACGCACUGAAGGUUCGCGAGAACGCACCACAAGGCUUCAAAAUUGCGGAUCUGAGCGCCACAGAUCACGAUGCAGGCAUGUUCGGGCAACUGACGUACGCAGUGAAGGGUUUUGGAGCGGAGUUCUUCCGUACACAUCCUUCAGAGGGUGGUUUGUACGUUGAGCGACAGCUGGACUAUGAGGAACAGAAGAGCUACAGCCUGGCACUGGUUGCUCGUGAUGGUGGAGGUCGAGAAACCAACGCGAAUGUCUUCAUUGACGUGAUGGACGAAAACGACAACUAUCCGGCGUUUGAAGCACUUGAGUACACACGCACGAUCCGUGAGGGUGCGACUGAGUUUGAGCCGCAGUUCUUCGUGCGUGCCAUCGACCUAGACGGACCGGCACAGGGUGGUGGACGUGUCAGCUACACGAUCGAGUCGGAAAACAGCAUCUCGGGACACGUGUUCACGGUAGAUCGAGAUACAGGCGAGAUACGCAUCACGCGCCCUGUAAGUUCAAUGGACACGGACCGUGGGCAGUAUGAACUGCUGGUAGUCGCCACCGAUCAUGGUGUACCGCCACUCAAGAACGACACACGUGUCCUGGUACGAGUCGGGUUGUCUGGGAACCAACGACCGAUCUUCCGUGGACAUGCUUCCACCACAAACCGAGACAUCCCUGGACCGGCUGCAUAUCGAGCGUCGAUUCCGGAGAACGCUCCAGCUGGUUACAAUGUGACACAGGUCAGUGCGACCGAUCCGGACGGGUUGGAUGAGCUGCUGCGGUACAAGAUCGUGGGAGCGAGCGAUAACUUCAUCAUUGACGAUCACACUGGACUGAUAACAGUUACGCGAGACGCACGGUUAGACCGAGACACCAACCCAGAGAGCUACACGAUCGUGGUAAACGCGAUUGAUGCAGGCUUUCCAAUCCCAGAGACGGCCACCACAACAGUGCACGUCAGGAUUCAGGACAUCAACGAUAAGUCACCGAGAUUCACGCAACAAACGUACACCGCGUACGUGUCCGAGCGGAGUGCGAUCGAUUCGGAAGUCCUGCGCGUAACAGCCAAGGAUACGGAUCUGAACGCCAAGAUCGAGUACACGCUCGUUGAACCAAUCACGGCCGUCACCAAGGGUGGCAUACCGCUGCUGACGACAACAUCCUACGACUACCGCCAGGCGUUCCGGAUCGACCGAAAUGACGGCACCAUCUUUGUCAACAGCACCCUCAACUAUAACUACGCAGCGGUCAUCACACUGACAGUGAGGGCGGUCGACACGAUGGCAGAGGUGGCUCCAGCACGGCAAUUUGACCAAACCGAGGUCACCCUGUACGUGCAGUCGUUUAAGGACACGAAUCCGCUGUUCAAAAAUAAGGGCUGGUCCACAGUACGGCCCAAGGUCGAGGUAAAGGUGAAAGAAGAAGCACCCAUCGGGAGCGUAGUGUUCCGUAUCGAAGCGACAGAUCCAGUCGCUGAUGUGCCGAUUACGGACUUUGAGCUCAUGAUGCCGGACGUUGAUGGGUACUUUGGUUUGAAUGAGCGAACAGGUGAGAUCACGCUCCGUCAGCGGCUCGAUUACGAGACGUACAACAAGAGCACGAUCGAUUUCGUCGUGAAAGCUAUCACCGCCAACCGGAAGCGGCAUUCACUAGCCUACGUCAACGUGACGGUGGAGAAUGUCAACGAUAACGCUCCGGUGUUCGAGCGUCAGUCAUACCGUGUCACGGCCCUCGAAUCUGACCGGCACCCAUACCUUGUGGCCACGGUGAAGGCAACCGAUCAGGACGCCGUCCGUUCGGAGAAGGAUGCCGCACUUGGGUACAGCGUGAUCUCGUAUAGCCUAUAUGGAUCGCACUCGAGUCUGUUCACGAUCAACAACGAGACGGGCGAGAUCCGGAUCGCACCGGGUCAAGCGCUUGAUCGAGAAAAGCAUUCGGUGCUGAAGCUGAUCGUCGAAGCGGAGGAUGCGCCAGGACGACCGCAAGAGGCAAAGAAAGCUACGGUUGAGGUGAUUGUGGAUGUGCUGGAUGUGAACGAUAACGCACCCAUCUUUGGGCAGCGAUCGUACACCGCGGUAAUACCGGAGAACGUUCUCGUGGACACGUUCGUGAUCGCCAUUACGGCGCAUGAUCCUGACGAAGGACUCGGUGGUGAAGUACGCUACGACAUCCUGAACGAGGGUGAAGCAAAUGGACUACUGCAAAUCAACUCGAAAACGGGGGAAAUCAAAACGAAAUCGAUGCUUACGGGUAAGGGACGUUCGGAACCAUAUGAGCUGGUGAUUCGAGCGCAGGACAGUGGCAAUCAGCUUCCGAAGCAAAGCUCACUGUACAACGACGUCUCAUUUACGCUGUACAUCGGAGACAUCAGUGCGAACGACGGAAUUCCGUUCUUCAUUGCACCACAAGUCGGCCAAACGGCCAACGUUACUGAGAACGCAACCGUAGGUGCGCCGGUUUUCCAGGUGAUCGCCAGUGAUCCGGAUAGUCCGGCUACGCCCAGUGGUACCCUCAGGUAUCGCAUCCAGUCCGACAUCGAGGAUGCCAAAUCGUUCAACAUUAACAGCAAAACGGGUCUCAUCACAACAACCCGCUCGUUGGAUCGUGAAACGAAGUCAACUUACAACGUGAUCAUCGAAGUUAGUGACAUGGGUGAACCACCGCAAGCAUCUACCGUGGUGCUUCGAAUCAACGUGCUGGACAUCGACGAUCACGAGCCUCGAUUUGCGCGCGAAAUUGAAGCCCAACCGCACGAGCUGGAGGUGUUGGAAGAACAACCAGCCGGCACGAUCGUGGGUAACAUCUCAGCCGUGGAUGAAGACAUCGGUGCAAAUGGUGCCAUCGAUUACGCGAUCCUCGAGGGUAACGAGCUGGGUUUGUUCUCUAUAGCUCGAACAGAUGAGAACCAAGCGGUGUUACGGACCACGCAACCUUUAGACCGGGAAACGCUGGAUUCCGUUCGCUUAACGAUCCGCUGCUUUAAGUUCAACACCGUGCCAGAUCCGCUCGUGCAGGAUAGCUACAACCGCCUCGACAUGUCCCAGCAGCAGUUGGUAAUUCGCGUGGUGGACAUCGACGAUCACGCGCCUAGGUUUGAGCGUGAAAAUCAAACAAUAGGUAUCCGACACAACGUCCCGAUCGACACACCGAUUGCGAAUGGGCGUGCGGUUGAUGAAGACCCCACAGCCAAACCGAUCGUGUACUCCAUCCAAAGUAUAAGCUUCGUACCGCAGUUCUACCGACGGGACAACCGCAGCGAGGAUCACACGGGUGUUUUCAGCCUCAACGCGGACACGGCCGAGAUCCGGACCACGCGUAGCAUGUCCAACUUCGUGGAUGGGUUCUUCCAGAUUAGCAUCCGGGCGACAAAUUCUGACGAUCCGGAUCGCAUCAGCGAGACGCAGAUGAAGAUAUACGUCAUCCGUGACAAGUCGCUGCUGCGAUUUGUGUUCUCGAAACCACCGACUGAGAUCAGCGGGGUGUUGGAUCGCUUCGCCGCGGAAAUGCAGCAACGUCUGGCGGGAGCCAACCUCGAGCUGUCUGUGUUCGACGCUCAGGUGCUCAGUCAUCCGGAUCACAGUUUAGACUUCAGCUCGACCAGCUCCUGCUUCCAGCUGACGCGUCACGGUGCGGCUCUCGCCCCGGUUGAGAUGAUGCGGCUCAUGGAUGCGUCAGAAAUGAAGGAAAACCUGUCGGACAUCUAUCACCGGUACUCGGUACACAAGAUAGACUCGUGCGCGGUGGGCAAGAAAGCGCCUCCUAGCGCUCUGAUCGCGUCCUCUGGAACGUGGCUGGUGAUAUUGGCCGGUUUGAUAGGUUUCGCAGCCUUUGCCUCUACUAUGACCGCAUGUUGCCUGGCGAGACGGUACAAGAGCCAGGUACGAUCGUCCAUCAACUCGCAGCGGAUCGUGGGCUCCGACAUUUACGGCAGUGCAACCCCCGUCCUGUACACGGAACCGAUCUACGGUGCUCUGUAACCAUGUCGGCUAAAAGG